CACCCAUAUAAUAUAUUUUUAUUGUUUUACACCUCACUUUCCGAACUAUGUAGCGUCGCGGAUGUAGCUACUCCAUUGCUCUCCCCCUCAGCCUGUUUGCCCAGAUUCAUCCGCGGUGUGUAAAGCGCGCUUGAAGAGGACGAGUCCCGCGCUUCUCGAGCGGAAACACGCUUUCGUCGUGCGCGUGCAAGCGGCGCUUCAAACAAUAGAAGGUGAAGGUUUAUCGGCGCAGAUAUGUCUGGUGGUGUGAUCCGCGGCCCUGCUGGAAACAACGACUGCCGCAUCUAUGUCGGGAAUCUGCCGCCUGAUAUCCGCACGAAAGAUGUCGAAGAUGUGUUUUAUAAGUACGGAGCCAUUCGAGACAUCGAUCUGAAAAACCGACGAGGCGGACCUCCAUUCGCCUUUGUCGAGUUUGAAGACCCAAGAGAUGCAGAAGAUGCCGUCUAUGCCCGCGAUGGGUAUGAUUAUGAUGGCUAUCGUCUUCGGGUGGAGUUUCCCAGGAGCGGGAGAGGAGGUUUUGGCGGUGGUGGCGGCGGCGGAGGAGGUGGUGGUGGAGGCGGCGGGGCUCCUAGGGGCAGAUAUGGACCCCCCUCCAGACGUUCAGAGUACAGAGUGAUCGUAUCGGGGCUUCCACCGAGUGGCAGCUGGCAGGAUCUGAAGGAUCACAUGCGCGAAGCAGGUGAUGUAUGUUAUGCUGACGUUUUCCGAGAUGGAACUGGGGUGGUGGAGUUUGUUCGCAAAGAAGACAUGACCUACGCUGUUCGCAAACUGGAUAACACAAAAUUCCGGUCGCAUGAGGGAGAAACCGCGUACAUCCGUGUGAGGGUGGACGGCCCCCGCAGUCCGAGCUAUGGACGAUCAAGAUCAAGGAGCCGCAGUCGCAGCAGGAGUCGCAGCCGCAGCAACAACCGUAGCCGAAGCUACUCCCCGCGCCGCAGCCGAGGAUCCCCGCAGUACUCCCCGCGUCAUAGCCGCUCCCGCUCUCGCUCCUAAACAUGCCCCCUCGGAGCCCUUGAGCCAUGUUUUUAUAGUCUUUACACAAACCCCAUGUUUUAAUUCCACCUUUCUUGUUUCAUGAGACACUGAUCUUAUGUUUUUUUGUUUUUUCUCCCUGCAAUGGUUAUUUUUAAAUACGCAUUUUUAUCCCCUUUUUUUUCUUUCAUAGACCAAACGAAGGGUUAUGUAAUGGCUCCCAAUAUUUUUGUAAAUGCCAUGUAUGAGUUAUUCAUGGGUUAGUGGGUUUCUCAAUUGUUUUAUGCUGUCUUCCUCUAGACGUGACACAGAACUGAUGCUUUGUAAUAAAGGAUUGCUAAAUCUAAUCUGUUGCGUAAAAUGGUGAAUUUGACCUCUAGAACAAACCUCUAUUGCAUCAAAAACAGACUUGUUGGUACUUGGAGUAACUGAACCAAUUUUACAUCCCUUUCAAAAGAUGUAUCUUUAGCUGCGUUGUACUCAAACGUCUAGCUGGGUUUUUGUGUCCAAAGACAGAUUGCAGCUUUCAUGUUUGAUUCAGUCUUAGUAUUAGGUUAUUAGUUUUAACGGUCUGUCUUGGCCUUAAUGCUGCAUGCAUGCAUCAAAGGCGGGUUUGAGUGGAUUUGAUUCUAACUCUUUGCCUCCUUGUUUUGAUUUUGCUGGUAUCUUAAGGUUUGGAUUGGAGGAGAGGCUCAGUGGAUGCCGGAUCACUGGGAUCAGUACAUAAUGAAGAUAGGAUAGGGAAUGCUGGAUACAUGGAACAGGAUCAAUUGCUCCCAGGAUCAUAGGAUUUUUUUUUUUUUAAGGCUGCAAUUCAAAAGUGCUUACCUGCCCUUUUAUUAUAACUCUGGAAAAUGUAGAUUUUUUUUUUUUUUUUAACAUUGGUGGAGCAGAUGCUGGAGCAGUCUUUUGGGGAUGGAAUCGACAGGAACAGUAUGGUAAACUGAAAGUGCAUUUGGGAUGAGGGGGGGGUUUACUCAGGCAUUUUUAGAUUUACACUGUCCCAAUAUGGAUGGUAGAUGCUUUAACAUCGCUAGCAUUUAGUUUCUUUUUAGUAAAGUUUUUGCCUAAAUAAAGAUUUCAUUGGUACAAAA